AUGACCAGCAGUGCCUUUUACGUUGCUCCACACGGGCUGUUAUCCGGCCUGCUGUGGACGGUGGCCAAUGUCUGGGCCACGAGGGCCGUUCAGUACUUCGGCAUCGGCAACUACUACAUCUGGCAUGAGCUAACGAACCUUUUCGGCACCUUUGUGAUCGGUGUCUUCGGGCCGAAAAUAGGCAUCCCGGCAAGGCCGCCGAAAAUUGAGUGGCUCGCCGGGCUCGGCUUCAUUUGCGUCUUCCUUGGCAUGAUCCCUGUUGUGUUCUUGCGCGAGGAGAAGGCGGAGGAUGCGGAGGAUGCGACCCCGGCCAAUCCGACGACAGCAACGAACAGCCUAGAAACGCUUUUUCGACCAGAGAUACAGGAAGGCUCGACAGCGAGUCCCAGCCCUGCCUGGAAUCUCCCGGAGGUCCUCCAGGUCACCCAGGGGUCCGUUGCUGCAGCCAAUGCGCUGACGUGGGACGGCACCAUGGGAAGACCCGAUGUCGAGCAGCUGCGACGCCUACGAUUUCCAGCGGGCCCGCUGAAGCUCGACACUCUUUGUUCUGGCGGGCUGCCGAUCAUUGCGGCCUCGAUCCUCGAGGAGGCAGCAGAGGCCCCGGCACCGAGCCGGGCCUGGCUCAAGGGCUGGCUUCUGUCCCUGGUUACUGGCCUUGUGUUGUCUCUCCAGUACGAGCCGAUGCUGCCAUGGCAGCACGACCUUGAAGCGCGCGGCUUCAAGCCAUCCGGAGUGGACUACACCUUCUCCAACUGCCUAGGUAUUUUCCUGUGCUCCACCACGUACCUGCUCAUUGCUAGCGGCUGGAAGAGGCUCACGCGGCAGCCCCUGCAGAAGCCGGUGUUGCGGCCCCCACUGCUGGCGGGGGUCAUGUGGACCAUGGCCUGCUCCUGCCAGCUCUAUGCGAUGACGCAGCUGCCGUAUGCAGUCGCGUACUGUCUCGUCGUGGGCGGUGGGCUUGCUGUGAGCCUCCUCUGGGGCACCCUUGUCUUUGGAGAGGCUGCUGGACUUCACAACAAGAAAUGUCUCGCCUUGGCCUUCCUCGGAGUUUUCCUGGGCCUGGUGCUGCUGGGCCUCGCUGCAUGA